GCUCAACAGCUCAAAGCUGCAGUCUACGACCAGACGACCAGCUUUCAACAGUUACAUGUAGUUGCUUCGUGUGCUUCCGCCAGCUCGUUAGACCCAGCUUCUGCAUUCCAAGAGGAGAAUCUCUCGUCGCCAUCACAAUAAAGCUAUCAAGGCGAUCGAGCCCAGGAACACAACGAACCAAAGAUGAUGAGCUGCAUCCAACUAGUGCCUGAUAUUAGCUUGCCUGAUCACCAUUCACCUUAUGAUGAUGAGGUCAAGAACUCCUUGGAUAAUCGUGUCCGUGAGAGAUUGCAAGAGAACGCCAAGAGGCAAUUGGUUGGUUUGGCCGAAAAUGAUGACAACAACAACAAGCACGAAGAAGAAGGAGAGCUGCAGCUGGACGAUAUCAUGUGCAGUAGUCAACCGGAUCUGUUGGCCGCCAGCGACAUGAGCGUCAGUUCCAUGGAUAUGUCCAUGAAUGAUUCCAGCCGAGUCUCCCUUUCCUCCAGUGGAAGGAGUCUUUUAUCGCGAAGAGCCAGAAAGAAGAAGAAAAAGUACCUCAAGCUCUUGGGAGGCAGUUCUUCCAAGAAGACUCUUUUGGGUGCUUCUCAGCACGACAUUGAAGGUGACAGAGAGCCCUUGCGAGAUGACAGCUUCCAAACAGCUCGCACCAGUGACACCAGCAGUGCUGACAGGGGUCCUGAACCUUCUAUGAAAAGUCAGGUCGAGAUUGAGAAAGAACACAACAAGCCAGAGAUUCCUGAGAAAGACGAACCAGCAGCAAAACAGACUCAUGUACAACUGCCACAGGAAGAGCCGGCACCCAAAGCACAAAAGCGCGUCAACGCGUCCAAGAGUGGAAGCCACAAGGAAACAGAAGGGGCCAGGUCGAAGCAGUUGCUAGACGUCUUGGCAAACAUUGGACAGCCAGCGUUCGAAACAGCAGAGAAAACAACCACUGAAAAGAGUGGAUGUGAGAAAGAUCAUCCCACACCACCAGCAGAACAGACUCCUGUACAACCGCAAAAGGAAGAUCCAGCACCCAAAGCGCGAAACCACGUCAACGCGUCCAAGAACGAAAACCACAAGGAAACUGAAGGUGCCAGGUCUAAGCAGUUGCUAGACGUCUUGGCAAACAUUGGACAGCCAGUGAUCGAAACAGAAGAGAAAACAACCACUCAUAAGAGUGGACGGGCCAAGGUUCGGCGUGCUGUAUCGAAUCUGGGCGAGAAGCUGGGUGGGGCCGACUUGUUGGACUCGUCGUCGUCUCAAGCAUUGUCACCCAUGUCCAGAAGUUCCUCCGCCUCCCCGUCGCGGUCGGAGCGUCGGCAGAAGAUCCGAAAGACGUUUACGACUUUGGGAGGCUCUGCUGGAUCCAGCAUGUCUCCGGCUCGAAUUCCUCGCCGUCGCAACGUUCCCAAGCUUCCCAAUGCCGCAGUGGCAUCGCGCUUGCAUGGGACACGGAUGGCGGCAGUGGCGGCAGCGGCAGGUGUGCAAUUGAACAAACCGGAUCCUGCAGCCAGUGGCGACGAUGAUGAACCAGCACCUCGCGCUAGCACCGGGUCGAUGCGUCGCACUAACAAGCCCAAACCAAUGCCACGACGUACCAGGUCACUCGAUGCUGAGGACGAGGAACCACGGGCCAGCACCGGGUCCAGUAGUGCCGGCGGCAGCAAACCACGAACACUGCCACGACGAUCAAAGUCCGGGAGCAGUGGCCAUGCUGUCACAAAGUCCAAUGAUCUCCACAAGAAGGAAGCCAACAAGUCUAUGGCUUCUACUCCGCUUGCUGCCUUUUUUAGUGACCUUGCGAAUAGUACCGACUUCAGCGCUCUCCGGGAUAAGCUCACACCCCAAACACUCCCUCCCCGUUCCAAGUCCCAAACCAGUGAUGACGGGGAACCAGCUCCUCGUGCCAGCACAGGGUCCGCUGGCAACAGUAGCAAAGUCACUCCCCAGGCACUCCCACGGCGUGUCAAGUCUCUGGGAGCGAGCAGUUUGGCGGCUGAUGCAGCAUUGGCUACUGACAAGCAAAGCGGUGGCAGGGUGCGCCCGUCCUUCCCAACAAACUCGUCACGAAGAGGCUCUCUUGGAUCCAAAAAGGUGGGUAAGCUUGCACCCCAAACACUCCCACCACAUUCCAAGUUGCAAACUGGGGACAAUGAGGAACCAGCUCCUGGCGCCAGCACAGGGUCCACUGGCAGCAGUAGCAAAUUCACUCCCCAGGCACUCCCACGGCGUGUCAAGUCUCUGGGGGCGAGUUGUUUGGCGGAUGAUGCAGCAUUGGCCAGUGGCAGGGCGCGACCGUCGCUCCCAACAAACGCACGAAACAGCUCACUUGGAUCCAAAAAGGUGGAUAAGCUCACACCCCAAACACUCCCACCACAUUCCAAGUCCCAAACUAGUUCUGCUGAGGAACCAGCUCCUCGUGCCAGCACAGGGUCCAUGGGCGGAAGUAGCAAAUUCACUCCCCAGGCACUGCCCCGACGUGUCAAAUCUCUGGGGGUGAGCGGUUUGGCGGCUGAUGCAGCCCUUGCCACCAGUAGCAGACAGCGUCCAUCGUUCCCAACAAACCCCCAACGAAGCAGCUCGCUUGGAUCCAAAAAGGUGUUUGCACAACACAGACCGUCGAUUCCUGGUUUCCGCACACCACGACCACCGCCACGCAAUUCAUUGCCUCCUGCUCCCGAACAAAAGGAGACAUCAGGAGUGAGUCGAAGGCCACGUGCGGCACCGCGCAAUGCACUCCCCCCUGCUCGGGAGCAGCAGCAGAAGCGGGCACCGGAAGAUAGUCGAAGACCACGCGCACCACCCCGAAGCAGUCUGCCUCCUGCUCCCGAGCAGCAACCUGAAGCUAGUCAAAGACCACGUGCACCCCCCAGAAACAAUCUGCCUCCUGCUUCUCACUCUCAUCGCAGUGACGGUGCCGGCAAGCGGUCGGCAUCGGUAGACGAUUCUGAAAGAUACUUGUCAUCCAAGCCCCCCGGAAGCAAUCGUACCCGCCAUCACAAUCACCACGCAGGAUCCCAGUUACCUCCUAAGUCCAAGUCGGAAUCGGCGACUAGUGCCAAGAGAGAAGCAGCUGCCUCUUUCGAUUGGAAAAAGUUUGCUGAAGGAUCGUGCGGCAGUGGCAAAGGCGUCAACCAUUCAUACCAAAUUUCAUAAUUCAUAAACCAGAAUAUUAGAAGCGUAAGGUACCGGUAUUG